AAGCAAAAAAGUUACAGUUCUCCUCCAACACCUGAAGGAAGAGUGCUUUUUGCAGAUUUCGAGGUGCAAAAAUGAAGUUUCUUCUCUUCACUGUAUUUGUGGCGGUCGUCUCCAGCGUCAGUGGAGGCAAGACAGCAAAACUGUUGGCAGCUAUGAAUGCUGGGAUGCUUAACGGGAUGAUGGCUGGAGGUCUGAACCCACCUCUGGUAGCUGGAGGUGGAAUGGGUUUAGUUGGGCAGCCUCCAUUUGCUCAGUUUGUUCCUGGACUUCCUGCCUUUGCUGUUCGAGCUCCAAUCCCUAAUGUGUUCCCUGCUGCUGUCAAUCCGUACCAGUUCCCUAUGAUGGGCGCUCCCCAAAUGCCCCAAAUGAAUCCUCCUCAACAAUUUCAGAUGGGAAUGGCGGCUGGUGCCAUGCAGCAGCAGCAGCCUCCCUUCCAGGCUUUUCAGGCUCCCGCUCAGCCUCCUUUUCAGGCUCCCGCUCAGCCUGCCGUUCAGCCUGAUCCGCUACGUAGGUUCAGGCGUCAGACUGUGAAAUCUAAAAAUGCAGGGCAGUCUGCUGUGGACACACAGGUUCCACGUCCCCCCGAGUCCACAGCGGUUCCUCCCUGUGACAACAAGGCAGCUAGCUAAGUUCACAAUGGCAUUUAUGUCAAGAGCCACGAUGACAUGAAGAGGCAUCUCACGUUGUCUUGCUCCAAUUAUCUCAAUCAUUUUGAUCAAAAUAAAAUCUGUCACUUUUUGCACGUUUGAUUUCUAAUAAAGA